AAAUCAGCUCAAAACACUGGGUCAGUGCGCACGUGACUGCGUGACUGAUUGUGAUUGACAUGUGACGACAGCGCGCGAGAACGCAGUUAAUUUCGGAACGCUGCGUGUUAGUGCCGUCCGCGUUUCUAUCCUUUCGCACUUUCAUCCUGCAGAACAUUUGCUGUUGGUGUUGCGUCUCAUUGGUCCACCAAGUGGUCUUCAUUGUCCACCUGACCUGCCGGAUGCCAGAGCAGCAGCUGGGGCUGAAUGGCUUCCGUCAAAUCUCCCGGACAAUUAAUCUUGGGCAAGAAAAGGACCAGCAGCGAUGCUCCACACCCGUGUCCAGUCGCCCUUCCCACUGCCGCAGCUCCUCGCACUCUGGCCUCGGAGCCAUCCCGGCCUCAGGGUGUCUGUCCCCGGCAGCCCCAUACCAGAAUCGCAGCAAGUCUUUUCGGCGCUAACCCUGGCUUCGGGCAAAGCAGCAACGGCAGCAGCCAACCAGGCGAGCGGCUUUCCGCUUGUGAAAUUCAGACCUCCGGCGACGGUGGAGCCAACGUCUAUUCGAUGGUGCCCUCCGACAAUCUUGUCCGAUCCUGCCUUGCCCGUGACGUCGAGAAGGACCUGACCUCGGAAGACGAGAGCGCCUCUUCAGACGGGGUGAGCACCCUCUGCGAGCUGCACGAAAACCUAGAGAAGGUAAACUUGUUUGCGCAAGACUGCCACCUGCCAGACGGGGGCCAGUUCACCGUGGACUCGUCCUGCGAUAACUCGCCUGCAGCACAGUUACCGGACGCUCAUUCACUAGCUAUUCAUUCGUGCGUGGCUGACUUGCCGGCCAACCUGUUGGACAAGACGCCAGUCAGCUGCUACGAAGCGCAGCGGUACCUUGGCCCGAUGAAGCGUGGAGUGGAGGAUGGUACGCCGUCUGCCAAGCGCAGUCGAUGCACCCCUGACAUGAGCUUGCUGCAGCUCAGCAGGCUGGCAUCUCCGGCUUCGAGCGCAAUGUAUGCUGGGAGGGCUGGUGACUGCUUGCAGUGGAGCGGCCCCAGCACCUACCGGAUACGCUGCCAGGAUGAUCUGGAGCACAGCGCUCCCCUCUCGCUCGGAAUCGUGGGCAGCCGAUACGAAGACGUGGCAGAGGUAGUGUUCCGGCCGGUCCCUUCACCCGGCUGCAGCCCACCAGCGGUGGUGCCCGACUGGCCGCGGCGGCGCCUCGACUUCUGUCCCCGGCUGCCGACGCCGGCGUCGCCCUUGGCCAGCAAGCGUUGGCCCUACGCUCUGAGCUCCUCGGUGGGGAUGGUGGACACCCACUGUCACCUAGACUUCCUCUUCCGCAAGCUUUCCUUCAAGGGCACCUUUGCCAAGUUCCGUCUGCUCAACCAAGACACCUUUCCCAGCUGCUACGAGGGAUGCGUGGCCAUCUUCUGCAACCCCCUCACCUUCGGCGACCGGACGGUGUGGGAGGACCUGUUGCGCGAGGACGGCGUCUGGGCAGCCUUCGGGUGCCACCCGCACAUGGUGCGCGACUACGACGAGGAGACGGACGAGCACCUCAUCAAGGCGCUGGAGCACCCGCGGGUGGUGGCGCUCGGGGAGAUUGGCCUCGACUACUCCCGCAAGAACUUCUGCCAGCGGGAGAUGCAGAAGUCGGUGUUCCAGAGGCAGAUCACACUGGCCCUGGAACGCAAGCUGCCCUUGGUCAUCCACUCGAGGGAAGCCACACAGGACACACUCAAUAUCCUCAAGGAGAACAUCCCACGGGAGUACCCCGUCCACCGGCACUGCUUCACGGGGGACUGGGCGGAGGCAGUGGACUGGCUGGAGACCUUCCCGGGCCUCUGCCUGGGGCUCACCCCGCUGGUGGGUUUUGCCGACGCGGGGCCCCUCCAGGAGGUGGCGCGUAGGAUUCCCCUGGACCGACUGCUGCUUGAGACAGACGCCCCCUACUUCCUGCCCCGGGCGGAGUCCGGAGCCAUGCGCCAGUCUCACCCAGGCAUGGCCAUCCACGUAGCCCUCAAGGUGUCCUCCCUCAAGAACAUUUCCGUGGAAGACGUCCUCAAGGCAGUGCGCGUCAACACGCGUCGCAUCUACGGCAUCUGACGGCGGUAGACGCAACACGUGGUCCAGCCAACCAUGUGCGGCUCAAGUGCAAUACGGCGCUGGCGGCCCCGGAAAAGUGCCCGGAGUCACGCGUCGACCAGGGAACAUAGUCAUCCGCGAAAUACACAGUUCUUUCAUUUGAACGUC